AACUAUUCUAUUAGCAUUAUCUCCUCAUUGUUGUGUAAACGUUCAGAAAACUAGUGUCUGCUUGUAUGUAUUCUGUCCUGUUUAACCAUGUCCGCGGGUACAGUAAAACACUGGAGAGAGGCAGCAACCCUCAUGCUAGUUCAUUGCCGGACAAGAUUUACACCAAAAAGAAGUCCAGUUGAAAAUAUUUGUGAGAGUUCCGACGCCGUUCGAAAGCAGACGAUAAAUUCCUCCACAGAAGACUUGGAAAUCUUGGUUUUAAAAAGAAGUAGCCAGUCUUCUUUUAUGCCUGACUUUUACGUAUUUCCAGGAGGUGCUGCAGCCAAUGCAGAUUUUAGUGAAAAGUGGUUAGACGUUUUUGGUAUUGCUAGCCAAAAAGCUAGAGAUAAUCUUUUCGGUUUUGCAAGGACAAAGUCCAACAAUUCCCCAAUGUUCAGUCGCCGUCGAGACCCAGAGUUUUCGUCAAUUCCAAGUGAGAUUGCUUUUAGAAUAUGCGCCAUAAGAGAGACAUUCGAAGAGUCGGGAGUGCUUAUUGCUCGUUCAACAAAAUCCCUUCAUGUAGUCGAGAGUCCCUGGUCCAUUUUGAGGGCCAACAAGGAGCAUUGUGCAGUGUAUCACUCUGAGAAAGAUACGACCAAACUAGUAGAAUGGCGCCAGAGAGUAACGGCAGAUCCCAUGCAGUUUUUAGGUUUAUGCAGCGAUCUCGGUAUUGUGCCCGACGUUUGGUCAUUAUAUGAUUGGUCUAACUGGCUAACACCGCCUGUACCUGGGAAUAUAAAGAAAAAGUGGACAAGGUUUGACACAGCGUUUUACCUGUGUUGUUUAAAAGAUCUUCCUUGUGUAGCCGAGGAUGCAAGCGAAACUGUCCAUCACAAGUGGGUUACUCCAAAUGAGAUUCUUCAGGAUUGUCAGCAGGGUAAAGCAGAUUUUGCGCCACCACAAGUGUAUGAAAUGUCACGUCUGUGCAAUUUCACCUCCACACACCAGCUGCUACAUUUCAUAAAUGAAAGGACUGGACAGCCCAUGGAGCAAAUGAUGCCUGUUCUAGUCAACUGUGCUGAUGCAAAGCUUUAUAUUUUGCCUGGUGACACCUUGUACCCAUCGCAGCCUGAUUACACAGAUGGCAGCAAGAUACCAGUAUUUAGCCAAACACUGGAAGAGCUGACAAAAAUAUCUUCUAGAAAACAUCGAUGUAUAGUUGUCCCAUUAUCAAAAACACCAGAGGCUCCACAGAGAGUUCUGCUCAAAUUGGAAUGCAACAUAACACCACCACACAACCAUGUAAAACCUGUGGUGAUGGAUGUCCAACCCAAUUAGGAGAAAGUAUACUUAACUGUGGAUAUAUAUUACGGAUGUCAGCAGUCAGUUUGUGGACAUUAAACUGCACAGAACGCCCAGGUCACUUUUCUCAGAAAAUUGCAUGCAGAAUAUACUUACAAAAAAGGAAACAAAUUCAGUAAAGGCAAUGUCUUCCUGUAUCAAUUCAUUCCCUUUGAACUGAAGUGUAAGCAUGUUGGUUGCUCAUUUUAACUGAAUUGUACAUUAUGUGUAAAAUAUGUAAGUACACGUAUUUAUAUUUAUUCGGAGUGUGAGAUUUAUGUUUCACAAUCUACUUUUCCAAACAUCAUGAUUAUGAAUUUUAGAUCUACUUAUUUAUCAUCUGUCACUUAAAAGAAUGUGGAAAAAAAAGUAAGUGGUGACCUAAUCAUUUUAUUACCUAAGAAAUGCUCUUUCAAAUCUAUGUAAAUUAUGUUUUCCUCUAUUGUAGAUUUGAGAUGAAGGUU